CUUUUUUUUUUGCUUUUGAAUUAGUCAAAGCAGGACGUCUGUGUUGUUGACAAAGAAGGACAACAGAACCCAAAACCAGUCAGAAAUCAGCGAUAGAUCCAACUCCUGCUGGGGACGACAGCAUCCAGUCGCCGACACCAGUAGGAUCAAGGUCAAGGAAACUUCCCUCACUGCAAAAUCUCCAUAAAGGAUACACAACAGAGUGGCAAAAACAGAGAGAGGAGCAGUUCUGGGUCUCGAUAAACACCGCUGAGCAGAAGAAAGCGGUCAACACGGUCAAGAAACAGAUUCUCCAUCGUUCCUCGAGUUGAGCCUCUGCAGGAAGUAUGAAGACGUGUUAUAUCACACCAUACCGCCGCCUAACAAGACAUAACAUGGAGGUCCUGCUAAUCGCCAUGAUGACCAUAAACUUGUGAAUGGUGAUCUGAACCCUUCACCCCUUUUUCUACACCCAAGCCAGACCCUUCACCUUUUCAGACGUACUUUCAAGCUCCAGGCUUCUUAUUCCUCUGCAACACAACCUGCUGUCCCAGACCUCCCCUCCUUUCCUCUCCAUAGUAUAAGUGUUACAGUAUCCCUCUAGACCUCAUUUUCUUUCAUCAGCAUCAUGCAUAGUGCUUCUACCACCUUCACUCUCCUCCUCCUUCUGCCCUCUCUGCUAUUUCUCUCCCACCUCCCCAACAUGGCCAACGGGGACUGCUGGCUUAUUGAAGGGGACAAAGGCUAUGUGUGGCUGGCUAUCUGCAGUCAGAACCAACCGCCAUAUGAGACCAUCCCACAGCACAUUAACAACACGGUCCAGGACUUGAGACUGAAUGAGAACAAGCUGAAAGCUGUGCUUUUCACUUCCAUGUACCGCUUCACCAACUUGACCGACCUGAACCUAACCAAGAAUGACAUCAGCUAUAUUGAAGAUGGAGCCUUUGCAGGACAGACCAACCUACAGGUUCUUCAGCUGGGUUACAACAAGUUAACCAACUUAACUGAGGGUAUGAUGAGGGGACUAGGCCAUAUGCAAUGCCUCUUCCUGCAGCACAACCUCAUUGAGGUGAUUGCCAGCAAUGCAUUCUGGGAGUGCCCCAGUCUGAGCAGCAUUGACCUGUCGUCCAACAAACUUACCCGCAUCGACCCAUCCACCUUCACCGUUCUCAACCGGUUGAUGGUCUGCGAACUGGCAGCAAACCCUUUCCACUGUGGCUGUGACCUUUUUAGCUUCCUAAUGUGGAUGGAGUCCUUCAACAACGUCACACAUACUUAUGAUCGGCUCCUGUGUGAGACACCCCGAGAGAUGUUUGGUUACCCCUUACUGAGUCCCAUCACUGCUGGCCAUGCUACUAGGAAUGCCAAAAACAUUUUGUCUUCCCUCUGCCGGGAUGGAGUGAUGAUUCCAGGAAUGACCUCUCUCCCACCUGAUCUAGAUGGCCCUUCUGGGAUUGGGCCAGAGAUGUUCGGUGGUGUGGGGCCGUACCACCAACCUACCACCUCUUCUUCUACCGAGCACAGCUUCAUUCCCACCAUCCAGCUCCAUCAUGUCUCUGUGUCAUCAGCCUCUCUAAUUGUGCAGAUUCCGAGGCCAUACAGCAAGAUGUAUAUUCUAACUGAAUACAACCACACAUUUGUAUCUGAUUUCAUGAAUCUGAAAAAAAAGAAGGAGAUGAUCAUUCUCGACAAGCUCAAACCACACACCAAUUACACUUUUUGUGUUGCAUCCAUUCGCAACUCUCAGCGUUACAACCACACUUGUCUCCAGUUUGCCACUCGGGCACAAACUCCCAUGCUACUACAACCAUCCACCACUACUCAUUACAUAAUGACCAUUGUGGGCUGCCUUUUUGGUAUGUUGAUAAUUUUAGGUCUUGUCUACUAUUGCUUACGAAAGAAAAGGGUGCAUGAUGAGAAGAAAAAGUCCAUCUGUGUCAAAAAAACCAUACUGGAGAUGCGCUAUGGACCAGAGGUGGCAGCAGCAGUGGCAAAUGAUCCUUCAGCAGUUCACAAACUCCAAGAGCAGUCCCGAGAUCAUCACCAAUAUCAGCAUCACCAUGGAGGCAAACUUCCCAUGUCCACAUCUUCUAGCUCAGGAAUGCUCCACUCAGCCAACACCACUUCCUCCAGACUGUCCUCUAUCCCACAAGUGGAAAAGAUGGCUACUGCCUUUUCAGAGGCAAUGGUUACAAAUAAAGGAAACUACAUGAAUGUCAGAAUGGGUGGGGUAGGGUUGGAAGGGAUGGGUGAUGGUGGACAUGGAGGAAUGAGGGGGGAAGACUUGAGGGAUGAUGGAAGUGAUAUUGGCGAUGACUCGGAUGAUGACGGCCAUGGCUCUGCUUCAGAGAUCUCCACCAUUGCAAUGGAGGUUGACAAGGUCAACCAGAUCAUUAACAACUGCAUUGAUGCACUGAAACUGGAUGCAGCAGUUGCUGCUUCUGGGGCCUCUACUACAGUUUCUUCAAAUCCUACCUCUCCUCCCCCAACCAGCACGUCCUCCCUUACCCAUGGCCAUGGCUUGAUCCCACUGUCUCAAGCAUUAACGGAGUCAUGUCAGGUCCUUUCAUCCAACAAAGUCUCUUCUCAACCUCCACUUUCUGCCUUGAAUACUCCUCUUUCUGAGCAUCCAGGGAUCAGUGGUGGUGGAUUUGUUGUGACUCCCCCCUAUCGGCCCCCUCCGCCAGCCACUGCGGUACGUCCUAUUCAGAGGCAAAUGAGUGCUGAUGCAGCUGGCGUUAUCAAUGCAGUCAAGAAACAGUGCAGCACCACCUCCUGUGGCUCCAUGGGAGGAGACAGAGAACGUGGAGGGGCAAGGGUGUAUAGCCUGGAUGUUCCUGAGCCGAGAAGUCCAGAUGCUUGCAAUCAACAGCAGCAACAAUACCCAGAACGAGCCAGUCCCGUGGGCUGUGGGGAGCCCCUGGAGAGGCUACCAUUAGUGGGAAGUGGGAGCUGUGGAGGAGGGGCUGGUGGUGGUUGUGACAGUGGUGGUAUUAGUGCCAAACACCAAGACAAUGAGACACCACACCAUUAUCAUCAACAGCAACAAAAACAACAGCAGCAACAACUGGAGGUACAACAGGACUACCACUGUUCGGAGCACCGCCACUCCGUCCCAGCUCUUUACUACGAUGGCUCCCACCAGGGCUCCCCAUCCCAGAGGGUUUCUUUCCUGAAGCCCCUGGCACGCUCCCGCAGGGACGCAGCAUCCUAUUCCCAGCUCUCUCCUGCUCGCCACCAUUCCAGCUACUCUGGUUACUCCUCCAGCCCAGAGUACUCUUCAGAGAGCUCACUGCGGAUCUGGGAGCGUUUUCGACCCUACCGUAAAGGCCCACGGGAUGAGGCCUGUUACGUAAUGGCCGGGAAUGCCCUGAGAAAAAAGGUGCAGUUUGCUAAAGGCGAAGACCUGCAUGACAUCCUUGAUUAUUGGAAGGGUGUGUCAGCACAGCAGAAGCUGUGAAUGGCAGACGGGAGGAAAGCAGUAAAAAAAAAAAAGUAUGAAUUGUUACAUUUGUGAUACACCAUGCUAAGCUGAAUUAACCAUUUGAAGUACACGAGGAGAAAAGUCUAGAACAAUAUUUUGCCUUUUUUUCUUUCUUUCUUUUUUUGGCAUGUUAGGUGUACAGAAUUUUGUGCUAAAAACAAAGACUGAAACUGUGCCUGGGAUACAAGAGUCAUUCCAGUGUUUUAUUUGACACUUUUACACAAUGUAGCAUAAUUUCUGUACCAUUAUUAUUUCGUGUUUAAGGGUUUUAUAUUUGACACAGGGAGCAUAUGCCCACUGUGUAAUUAGUACUCAGCAAGUGAUCAGGUUAUGUGAUCAUUUGGACCAUCUAUUUCAGUGCCAUGUUUUCAUCUGUGACAGAAGGUACAGUAAAUUUGGAUGACCUUCUCUAUGGUGUGAGUGUGAUGUGAGAUGUUGUUUCUGAUCCUGUAUUGAGUGCUGUGUUUCUUUAUAGUGUGUGCUUAGAUUUGUUUAGCCUUUGACUUGAAGGAAGAACAGAGGGAUGACAAAAUAUAUUUUCUAUGCACAAGUGCAUGCAAAUUACAGAUUUGUUGCAGGACUCAUUUAUGCUCCACUUACAUACGUAAAUCUAACAAAGCAUUUCAAAUUGUGUAACAAUCACAUGCCCAUA